CCUUGGCCGACGGCGCUCAUUGGGCGGGUGAAGAGUGUUCCUGCAGCAGCCAGGCCUACUCCCCUGGCACGGCACGCUCCACUCGACAGCGCGAACCGCCCAUCACAGUCAAGGCCGUCGACUCUGGCGCCUCGCCAGAGACUAAUUCGGUCGCUACGAUCCGCUCAGAGGCCCCAGAGUGCACCCUUUCUCCCGCACAUGCGCGUAGCUCGCUAGCCAGGUCCCCUUUUUCGAGCCUCGCUCUCUGGCAAAUUGUCUACCUCACUCUAGGCCUCUUAUUUGUGCAAGGCCAUGUCCAUCGCGGGGGAAUAACGAGAAUAUGCAAGCAGUCCAAGCGCCCACGGAGGGCAAGCCUCCCUCCUCCCAGCCGUCACCGCCUCGUCAAAAGCCCCCGACGUUGGCCUCGAUUGCUAUCUCGUCUUUUGCUGCCUUUCGUUCCCAGACAUCCUCCCAGCCGGCCCCCGUUGCAGUCCAGUCGCCGGUUCGACGAAAGCCCCUGCCUGCGAAUUCACCUGUAGUUGGCCGCUUCUCAGCAGGGCAAUCUAAUAGCCUACCGCAUCCUGUACCAGAUAUACACAACUCCCUGUCUUCCCAACCUUCGCUUCGCCGGGACACCCUACUGUCACAGCCAUCGACAGACGGGGAACUGUUCCUGCCCAGGAACCUUGACGACAACCCACAUGGGAAGUCCCCUCUAAUAGAAUCCACGCCCCAGAGACCCUUUCCACAACGCAAGAGCUCGCUCACCGUCGCAAAGAGAAGCCCUACCGCGACAUCUAUACCGCGGCAUGAUCGAUCGGUUAGCAGUGUCCAAACCCAACGCCACAGUAGGACAGAGGAAUUGAGGACUUUUGGAAGCAAAGGGUGGCACGCUCGGUCUCCUACCAUGCCCAACAUGUCCGUGUAUGCCUCCGACUCCCGUACACCAGACCUCAAGCUCAACUUGGAUGGCGUAACGGAAGACUUCAUCGAUGCUUAUCCCACCGCCGCCGACGACGACGCGUUGCGGGUAAGACAGCAGAACAAGCCCAAGUCACCAGGAGGAGGUUUCACUUCAUUCUUCGGCUGGAACCCGUCAAAGAACCAGAACGGUGCCGAGUCACCGGCUACCACAUUUUCGGAAAAGUCGCUGUCUCCUGCGGAUUCGCCGCACUACAAACAAUCCAACAUGCCUGCCAAGACCAAACCGAACGGCCUAGACAUUCCAGCCGCCAACUCCCUAUCCUCCUACUUCAACGUUCCUGGAACACCUCUUUUGUCAUCGUCGCCCCAGAUGAAUGCUCACGUGGAGGAGCUCGAGCGCGAGCUGCGGGAAGUAAGCUCAGAGCUUGCUGGUUCGAUCCAAAGAGAGAUGGAGCUGGAGGAUGAGGUCGAGCGCUGGAAGGCAGAGAGCACAACUGCCAUGUCAGACAACCGGAGAACUAGUGACUAUUAUUCAGACUCGGGCACCAGCUCCGUCCGGUUUCCAAUCGGAGAUCCCGAAAGUAAACUAGAAGAAGUGGAAACGCUACGACGAAGAGCAGAGCAAGAGCGCGCACAACUAAAGGUGCGCAUGGCGGAGCGAUUACAAGAGGAGCUUAGACGGCGUAGAGACCUUGAAGAGCAGGUGCAACAACUUGAGGACCAGGUUAGCUCAAAGUCUAGAUCUGGUUCAGUUGCUGUUGAGCCGCCCCGUGUUAAAGAGCUUGCAAUGUCAUUAGAAGAUGCGAAGAGACGUUUAGCUGAGGAAAGACAGGUCAAAGAAAAUUUUGAGGAUCUCUUGACGGCACUCCGCGAGGAGCUCGAGAAACAUCGCAAUGAAGCCGACAAUCUGCGAGACGAGGUAGUUCCUCAGCUUAGGGCCAGGCUCGAAGGACUUGAGGCUGAAGCAGCCGACACAGAGAGGCUUGUCUAUGAAACUACGCGCAUGCAGCAGGAGAUCCAACAACUGAGAACGGAGAACCAGACGCUCGUCAAUGCGCGAAGAAUGCAGCAAGAAGUGUCGCAGCAGCCAGUUCGAUUCCAACCUAUAGCCGAGGAAGCAGACAAUGCCCCACUAACAGCUCUACGCAUCGGGCUGACGCGAUCAAAUUCGCUGGCUCGAAGUUCAGCUGGCUUCAAUUCAAAACGAGGAUCUCUAUCGCGGUCCAACUCAGUCAAGGACAAAUCAGGCGAUGCGUCCCCUCGGGAUGCGACAGCAGCCAGUAACCCUGUAAAAGAGCUGGAAGAACAGCGAGAUGCGCUACACAAAGCUUUGAAGCAUCUCUUACAACGACAAGAGAUGCAGCAGAGAGAGUUCCAGAGACGCAUCAAGGAGCUAGAAAGCGAGCGGGAUGCCGCUCUCAAUCUCACCCCUCGACGAACCGCUUUCCAUAAGGAGGUCACGGACCUUAGACAGGAGGUCAAUUCGCUCCGACGCCGCGCUGAUGAUGCACUUGAGCAGAAGUGGCAAUGUGAGAAGGGCCUAGGUGGUUUGCGAAUGGACCUCGACCGCGCGCAGCAAGAGACUAGUUCGCUUCGCGACCUGCUUCAUGAACAUGACAUUACGAUUCCCGAGAUCAGAAUCGAGAACGAACCUCUUCCCCUUGACAAGGCCUACAACGAGCUACGAACAACUCAUGCGCUUUCACUUGCACGCGUCAAGCAACUGGAAUCGAGCGAUGGCGAAUCGCUAGGUGCUGCUGGAGUCGAAGCUGAACGGACGCUGGACUUGCUGAAGCGAAGCAUUUCGGACGCUGAAGCAGAGCGUGACUAUGCGCAGCAAGAAGCCGAACAGUAUCGCAAGCAGGCUCGCGCACUGCAAGAGUCUGAGAUAGAUCACUUGGGCAAAGAACUAAAGCUUAGUAGCGAAUUGUUUGCCGCAGCUACCCGCAUGGACGCGCUUUCUAGCAAGAUUCAACAGCAGCUUGAGGCCAAUGGCAGCCUGCGCAGUCGCCUUACCGAAGCCAUCACUCGUGGAGAACAAGAGCAGCAGAAGUCAACAGAGCAGAUUAUCGAGCUCGAACGGCGACUGAAGACAGCAGAAGACAAGGUCAUGCUUGCCCAGCAGUCGUCUGAAGAGUCUAUUGCAAGGCAUGAAGAGGAAGUCCAAGCGAUCAAGGAAAGCCACACUAAUCAUCUGCGCCGUGUGAAGUCUGGUCUGCUUAGUCCGUCAGCCUUCUCACCAAAGAUGCCCUCGUCGCCGGUGUUCGCUCAGCGGACCCCUCGUCUUGACAUGACAACUAGCGGGCCUGCUAUGACCUUUGCCGAAGCUACCAAGACGGAGUUGCUCGAGAAGCGUGUGGAGGAGCUAGAAAAGGCCCUCCGCGAUGCCGACCGGGAGAUGGAGGAGGUCGUUGGGCGCAUGAACAUGGCACAGAUUGAAGUUGCAGAUUUGCAAUUCGAAAGGGAUGAGGCAAUGAGGCAGACGAGGAGACUGCAAGCCGAUAUACUUGCUGAGCGCGAGAAAGUUAAAGCCCUAAUGGCUUCCGCAUAAUUUGAUCAGACAUGACAACGCGGCCUAGAUACGACGCCUUCCACUACCAUAAUUCUAUUCAGCGGCCUACUGAGAGUAAUCAUACUAAUUUCGGCAUACAUUUCGACAUACUCGGCGUUCUCUUCUUGGAUAUCGCAUUUACCGGCGCCGCGAUCACACGCAUGUUACACUUGAUAGUACUACCUUAUUGUACUCUUCUGGACAUUUACCCAGACUAUUAUUCGUGGCGGCAACUUUGUGGUCACUGUUUUAUACCCUCUAGCGGUUACAGCGCUAUAUACACUCGCUCUUUUGAGGCAGUUGUGCAGAUAGACUGUGGGCUUGUGGAGAAUUGGGGCUUUGAGCCUAUUUUGGAUACAUUGUACCCUCGCAGCAUCUGUAUGCAGCUCUUGUACUAUAAUGGUGUAAUGCAUGAUGAUGGUUGAAUACGAGUUAGUUGUUGUACUACCCUACUCUUGCCUUAAUAGAAGCAAGUUACUACCCG